AUGUUUUAUGGUAACGGUCACGAUAUUGGAGUUUUCAAUUCAAAGCGCAUUAAGGUGAUUUCGAAAUCUUCGAAAAAGAAACAGUCAUUAAAAAGUGCUGACUUAUGUAUAGCUAGCCGUACAAAUGUGGCUCUAUUUAAUCGUUUACGCUCACAAACGGUAUCCACACGUUACCUGCAUGUUGAAAAUGGUCAUUUUCAUGCGUCUUCGACGCAAUGGGCAGCCUUUACCAUUCAUAUACUGGACGAUAAUGAAUCAGAAAUGGAAGAUUUUAAUGUUCGUGAAGGUUAUAUACAUUAUGGUGCUAUACAGUGA